CCGUCAAGUUUCGAGCCAGCCAAGAUCGGCCUCAGUUCAUUCUCAAGUCCUGCGUGAGUAUCAACGCCGGACGAAACGGUCGCGACGCCCUUCCGCAGGGUUCCGGAAAAGAAAAUACUGCGCUUUAAAUCGAACGGAACAAUUCGACACCAGUCACCAGUGGUAACUGAACCUGUUCCAAGUGCUUCUCUCGUACGAUACGCGAGCCGAAAUCCUGCCGAAUUUAGUCUCUGUGCUGGCAGCUCGGCCUAGGUAGCGAUGUCAAAAGCGGGGAAUCUCUCAUGGACAAUGGAGUGAAGUGGUUUACAGAUGUGCUUCCCCACGACUUGGAGCUUCGAUAUUCCGCAUCCCCGAUUCCCGGCAACAAUGUCGUCGAGCACCUGCUCCGGAUGAUAUCCUUCCUAGAUCGAAUACCCCAGAAACUGUACAAUCGACCACUCCUCAAGGUGCUUCUGGCAGUGAGAAGAAGCGUCGUUCCUUGCUAGGACAUGACGAAAAAGUGCCUGCCCUUCAAUUUUCCCAGCAAUAUCUGAUCGCCGUAUCAAUCAAAGAGCAAAAGAAGUUCAUAUGGAAUGGCAGCCGGCUGGUGGGUGUUACGGGUGCAGUUCGUGGCGGUAAUGGUGGCCGUCAUGACGGGCGUUAGUGGUCUUUGUCCGGCACGGUGUAAGUGCGACGACGAGUUUUUGCGCGUAUCUUGCAUCUCGACUGGCCUCGACGUCGUUCCUAUUCAACUGAACCCGGAAAUCCGGCACAUCAACCUGGCCGGCAAUAGAGUGACCAGUCUUCAUCUGACCUUUGGGUUCUACGGCAAUCUCGAGACCCUCGACCUCAGCUCGAACCUCAUCCACACUCUAGGCUCUGACAAUUUUAAUCUCCAGCAGAACCUGCUCUCCCUAAACGUUAGCUUCAACUCCGUCCAGACGAUUUCCAAGAACGCAUUUCACGGCCUCAACGCCCUCAGGGAACUUGAUCUUAGUGGGAACAACAUAACGGAAAUCGACAAGCAAGCACUCAGGUUCACCAGCGAAUUGGAAUCGUUGAAUCUUAGCAGAAACUCCCUCACAAGUCUUCCAGAUGGCCUGCUCAAGAACCUCCACAAAAUCCGCACCCUGGUGCUGAACAAAAAUCCUCUUCUUGAGGCUCCCGCCAACAACCUGGCUCUCGCGCCAAGCUUAGAAAACCUUAACCUCGCCUACAACCUCAUACAAGAACUCCACAGAGACUCUCUGUCCUCCCUUCCGUCCCUGAUCACUCUGGACCUUGCAAACAACGUGAUAAGAGGCAUUAGUGAGGACGCAUUCGACCGUCUUCCGGGACUUUUGCGUCUCGAUUUAUCCGGGAACAACUUGACCUCGGUACCAACUGCUCCUCUUUCCAAACUGACCAUGCUGUCGAAGCUGAUACUCAGCCGAAAUCCUCUAGGAUCCCUCCAGACGAUCGCCUUCCAAAACCUGUUUGAGCUUCGUGACCUUGAACUCGAGGAGUGCUUAAUAGCGCGGAUUCACGCCAGGUCAUUCGCGGACAACAUUAAUCUCGAGCAGAUAUCGUUGGAUGGAAACACCGAGUUGGAAGAACUUCCAGAACGUAUUCUAUAUGGAGCGAGGUACCUGAAGUCCGUCUCGUUACGGAGGUGCAGUUUGGCGACACUGCAGCCGACCCAGUUUCCCGUCGACACUCUCGCCUCUUUUCAGGCCGGGGGUAACCCGCUUUUGUGCAACUGUUCCAUCCAGUGGCUGUGGAACGUGAUCCGGUCCGAGGAGCACCGAAACGAGUCCCGACUGAAGGUAGACUCCUUGGACAUCGUGUGUGCUGACGAGGAGUUUAAGGGCAAGAGGCUCAUUUCGCUACCUGAAAGCUCGCUACGGUGUCACUUGAGUCCCCUUUAUCUGUCGCUCUUCGCCAGUGGGUGCCUAAUCACGACGGCGGCGAUACUAGCCCUGAUAGUCUACGUGACCAAGGCGAAAAGGAAGAAGCAGCCGGCGUACACCGCGCCUAGGCCCGAACUCCUCGUCUACGUCGGCCAGGGUAGUGAGCUGGACAAGAACACCGAGUCGUACAGCAGACGACUGAUAGCCCAGCUUGAGGAGGUGGGCUACAACUCGCCUGGAAAGAUGCAGUGGGAUGCGCAACUGGCGCGACCCUCGCGGGACGCGAAAGACUUCAACCUCUACGAGACCCCGCAGUACGCAAGACCCAGUGUCCACGAGACGUCCACAGGGGUGUUGGUCCGGCCUCAGAGGUCCACCGACAUCUUGGACCCCUACGCAAGGCAGGACGAAGCCUACGCCGUGGCGGACGUUACCUCGCUGCAAGAAGAAGCUCCGGAAGUACUCUCUCUCUACCAUAUGCAGAGCUCUACCAACAGGUCAAACUUCCCCCCUGUCGUCGACUAUGAUGCACCCUUCCACUACCAGAAGCAAAAGCCGCACAUUGUUUUCGUCUGAUCGUUGGACAACGAGUGAUCAGUUCAAAGGAAAAGGGAUCGCGGAAUGAGCGCAGCUGUGGAAAUGGAAGGAUUCGUCAGACAAAGAAGCGAAUUUACUUUCGGAAUAUAACAAGGUCUCCGUGAGUCUGAUAGCAGCAGCUGCUCGUUGAUGAAAAAGACUCCCUGACACAUUGGUCUUCAUAGGAGCGAGCCAUUAGGAUAGUACACAGUUGAACCUCGCUAACGUUACGCAGGACCCCUACUAGGCCCCAGCGAAUUCCGCCACUUUUUCAAAUCUCGAUUCACGCUCGCGUGUGUGUAUGCGGAUAUUGAUGCUCGACUCGAGAGUGACUACUUGCAGUAGAUACUAUAGGAGGGUUGUUCAGUUGGGUAGGUGAAGUUGACGUUAGCGGGGUUACGCUGUACCAUGAAGUUGGACUUCACUUGCAAUUAUGAAGCUCAGAAUGAAUGUAAGUCAAAUGUGAGAUAACUGUGGCGUAUCAGCUCUGCUCAUUCGCUCACGUAAAAUCCGCAUAAUUUAUUAUAAAUUUGCUCAGCUGUCAGAAUUCAAAUAUUUUGUGAAUGUAGGUAAUAACGAAAAUAAGAUUAAUAAAAUCAAGCUUAAUUAUAGAUAUUAGUAAUAUGUAGCUCAAGAGAUGAUCGUGUACGACAAGUUGGGGGCUUUAAUGAAAAUAUUCCUCAGCCUUCUGCACUCGUCCAGAAGACACUUGCUUGAAAAUUUGUAAGUUCUCAGAGUCGCACUAAUUUCAGACGCAUCAUCGUGGUAUCGGGUACUGGUGUUACGUGAAGACCAACACAAAUGUACAAAUUGUAUGAUCAAAUGUACAAUCGAAGCAGUCAUUUCACAGGAUGUGUAUAGGUGUUCAUUAGAUGAACGAUGAACUAGGGUGAAUAUCAUUUUGCACUGCUCAGCUCACUUAGAUUAGUUUUGCGAAACAUCACAGUCAAGUUGUGUGAGAGAUUCCACCGGGGCUUCAAAUGGCUUUUAUGCCCUCAGUCGAAAUCAGUCUUUUCCGAAAACAAUUCUGUUCAUAAUCUCUCUGUUCUCAAA